AACGCGUCCGUCGUGAAAUCGUGCAAGAAAAAGGCCUACCCGGCUAUACCAGCGGCAGCGCAGAAACAGAAAUGAAAAAUGGUCGAAUUCCUCCUCGCGCAGGAUGGCGUCGAUCCCAAUGUAUCCGAUAGUACUGGCUGGACGGCACUCCACUGGGCUGUACAUUGGAAGCAUACCGAGAUGGUCAAGGUGCUACUAUCCACCAAGGGGGUGGAUGUCAACGCGCGCGGAUGUAGAGGGCUGUAGGCCACUGCUUCUCGCGUGCAACAACAGAAAUACAAACAUAAUCAACAUUCUCCUCGACAUGCCCGGAGGUCAGGCCGAUGCUCGGAGUGUACAUGGCGCUUCGCCUUUAUCUGCAGCUGCGCGCCGGGUGGAUAGGUUGUUUAUGAAGAGAUUGAUUCAAGCAGGGGCGAAUCCCAACCGAACAGAUGAAGAGAAAAAUCUGUCAUGGGAUUUAUUCUGGAAGUCUCUGGCUCUUCGGACUAAGCUGGAGUUGACGAUUCCGGAGUCUUUAGAUGAUGGUGUUUGCCGUCUGGAAAUGAAUAAGAUACUGCGAUACCUUGAGAGGGUUGAUAUCCGGCGUAAUUCUCUUCAAAUUUUUGGUGACAAAGCUUGGUUUUGAGUGUAUUUAUAUUUAGUAUCAUUAUAAUGGAGUUUUAGACGGUAUGGAGUAACUGUUCAGGGUCUACUAUAGGAGGCUCGCGAUGUUUGACCUUUUUGGAAGUAUCCACAAAUCUUCACUAGUUUUACUUUAUAAGAUAUCUUAUUAGACCCCAAUGAGUACGGACUAUCUAUAAUAGUAAUUAUUAUUAU